AAAGAAAAAUAUUUUAAAAGUUUCUUUUAGAAUGUAUCCCAGUUUAAGUCAUUAAAAAAACAAACCUGCAAAAAUAAAUGCAAGAAAUAAUAAUUUGAUGUUUGUGAGAAAAUUAAAAAUUGCAUCAUUAUAAAAAUGUGUGAUAAAAAGUAGUUUUGAUAAAAAGAAUUGGAAAUUUCUAAUUAAGAAAUAUUAAAAACGUUCUAAACAGUGACAAAUUUUUCGUAUUCACUUGGGAUUUAAAGCGGAUGCUAUAUGGAUCUCAUCGUAAAGAUUCAAUUACUAAAACUAAAAAUUUUCAUCAUCGUCUCUCAAAUCUUUAUAUUAAGAAUAACAUAAAUUAUUAAUCUUCAAACUGAAUACAAUUUAAUCAUCUAACAAAAAAAAAUAACUAACAAGUACACAAAUUGUUUCAAAGUAUCUUCACUGAAAGAUGGAGAUUCUAAAUAAUCCACAAAUUCACAGCACAUUCGCGUCAUUGGGCAGGAUGGAAGGUGAUACUUAUAUUGUUAACGACGAUUGCAUAUCGAUCCUUGAAGAAAUCAGCUGCAAAUUAUCAAUGGAAGAUCAUACAUUAAGAACUUAUCGACGUGCAAUCGGCUUCGGACAAAAUGUUAAGAGGGAUAUCGUGCCACUGUUAAUCAGUGCAAAAGAUCCAGAAAUUCGUGAUAGUGCUGUACGUUUGAUGGUUAAUUUAACAGUUCCUAUUGAAUGUCUUCUUUCGGUUGAAAUCUUAUCACAAACUGAAAUUGGCCGUCAUACUAUUUAUGAACUCAAUCGACUUCUCUAUACAAUCAAAGAAGUUUUCGUUGACCUUAAAGCCACCAAAGCUAUAAUUGAAUAUAUGAAGAGUAUUCUUGAAGCUGAUCAUAAGCUCUCUGUAGCUCAAUGUGAAAGCAUAAAUAAUUGUCUUUUACUUCUACGCAACAUUCUUCACAUUCCCGAGCAUAUUCAUCAACAAAAAUCGCAUACUUCAAUGCAAAAUCAAAUUUUAUGGAAUCUCUUCACGCAAAGCAUUGACAAACUUUUGAUUCAUCUAAUGUCAUGUCCACAAAAAUCAUUUUGGGGUGUAGCAAUUGUUCAAUUGAUUGCCCUUAUGUACAAAGACCAACAUGUGGGGACAUUACAAAAGCUUCUCAAUCAUUGGUUUGAAGCAUCUCAAACAGAUAGCUCAGAUGAUAACGAAAGUAACACAUCACCUCCAAAACAAAGUAGCGGUGACUCAAGUCCAAUGCUUACAUCAGAUCCCACAUCUGAUUCAUCUGAUAAUGGCAGUGGCCAAAUGACAACCAUUUCCAGUAGUGACAAUGCUGAUAAUGUUCGAAUUGUUAGUGGAGAUUUUCAGACGAACAUCAUUCGUGGCAAGCCGAAAAUGGAGUCCAAUCAGAAAUCGAAUGAUUUUAUUUCUUGCUUUGAGAGUACAGAAUUUAAUAAUCAAGACAUUGUCAUGAAGAGUCCCGAACCAGCAUCACCAACAACAAGCAGUAGCCAAGUGUGGUCACAGAAAUCACGUAGUCAGUCUUCUCCUAGCAAUCAGAAGCAUUCCGCCAAGUCAAAGAAAUUCCAGAACAAGCAGCCCAUUCAUUCACCUCAUAACCAAUCAUCGGAGUUGUCAGAUUGCGGAUAUGCAACUCAAGUCUCACAAGGCGAUCUUCAAGGUGAAAAAAAUCGAGAGUCGAUCUCAACGUCAAGCAACGAUGAUGACUGUCCAAAUCAAAAACCAGCCCAUCAGAAGCCUCCAAGCACGAACAAAAAGCAAAGAUUCAAUGCUGCAUUGAAGCAAAGAAAUGCAACAAACCCAACAAUGCUUGCAACGUCAACCCAAGAGAAGAAAGACUCACGAAGAAAGAAGUUGGUGAAGCGCAGUAAAAGUACAAUGAUCAACAUGAAAGGUUUGAUUCAUCAUACGCCAUCCGACGAUGAUAUUUCAAAUAUUCUCAAAGAAUUUACGGUCGACUUCUUGUUGAAGGGCUACGGAUGUUUAGUUCAAGAUCUUCAUACAAAAAUCUUAACCGACUUACAAUUGUCCAUCGAUACUUCACAUUUCUUCUGGUUGGUAACUUACUUUCUAAAAUUCGCAGCACAAUUAGAACUUGAUCUUGAGCAUAUCAGCCCGGUGUUGUCUUACGAAAUUGUCAGCUAUUUGACCUUUGAAGGUGUAAGUCUAUGCGAACAACUUGAGCUUACAUCGCCUCAAAAAGGAAAUGACUUGAGACCUUAUCUAAGACGAAUUCAUCUCGUUGUGACUGCUAUUCGUGAAUUUCUUCAAGCUUUAGACGUAUACAAGCGAAGCUCUCAUUUAUCACCAGAAGACAAAGAACUCAUUCAAACACUUCAAAUACAAAUUGGGUGCACUGAAGACCUUCGUCAUAUGUUUGUGCUUUUGCUGCGCUGUUACAAUCCAAGCUUUUAUUCUCGUCAAUAUCUUCAAGACCUCAUCGUUACUAAUCAUAUUCUUUUGCUUCUUUUGGAAAAUGUUUCAAAUCUAACAGAGCAACGAUAUUCUGUUGAUAUGGUCGAGCAUAUCAAGCAGUUUGCAACUGUUGACAUCAUGCAUCAAUAUGGAACUCUACUAGAAAACUUCCAUGAUAACAGUCAGUUUGUCAAUGAUUGUAUCUUCACAAUGAUGCAUCACAUUGGAGGUGAUUUAAAUCAAGUGGCAAUUCUCUUCCAGCCGAAUAUUUUAAAGACGUUUUCAAAAAUUUGGGAAACGGAACAUGAAAUAUGCGAUGACUGGUCUGAUCUUAUUGAGUAUGUUAUUCAUAAGUUCAUCAACACCCCACCAAAGCCACAAAUGAAAAUAACAAGUCCCGUUUUAAGUGAUGGAGUUGUAAUCAAUGAUGGGUGGGCGCAAGAAGAUUUGGACACUCUCUAUUGGUAUUACACACAAGGAAAAACAUCCAAGGACGUCGUCGGAUUUAUUAUCGAUCAGAUUCAAGAAUCCGGGCAUAGGACAAAGUCACGUCAAGAAGUCAUUCUACGUUUACUACAACAAGACAUCAUUUCAGCAGAUGAAUAUGAGAAUCUUAUGAAAAGUGAAGAUUCACUUUAUAAAGCAGAAGUGAAAUCAAACAACAACGCUGAUUCACCAAAUGCUGAAUCAGGAAUUGAAAUUUCUGAUGAAUCAGAAUUGAAUGGAAUGAAUCAGCUGGACGAUAUAAAGGUCUUACGUGAUCGAUUGCUGAAGGAAAACAAGGGAAAUCUCAUCUUGUGGUUGCAAAGGGUUUUAACUGAAUGUUGCUAUGUGAAGCUUAAUUUACUUUACUCGAAUGAAAACAUCUCAAACACUUCAACAUUUUCCACAAUUAUGGAGCCAAUACCAAGGCAUUGCAUACUAAACAAGCAGUCGAUUCCUUUGGUUCCAUUCAAUUCUGAACAGAAUAAAAUUCUUGUCUACCAACCCUUCGUGUUGUUACUCCACAAAUUAGGUUUUCAUCUUCCUGCUGAUGCCAAUAAACUUUUUGUGAGAAUUCCAGAAUUUUGGACAUCGGAAAUUUUAUUAGCAGUCGCUGAAAAACUCGGCCCGAUUCCCAGAAGCAUCUUAAAAUUCGAUAUUAAUCGAGUUAAAAAACUUCAAGAAGUUAAUAAUAAAAUGAAUUCAGCAGAAGAUUCAAAUCAACUGCCAAGAAUCUCACAAAUCGACAUUUCAGACUCAAACUCGAAGGAAAGCUUCACUGCAAACCAGGAUGCACCUCCAAACAGUCCAAAUUGGCUUCAAAUGGUCAUGCAAAGCAAAACUGCUGUCAGUAAAAGAAAUGUUUCUUGACACAUAACGCAAGCUGUGCAAGCUGCAAUAACAACGAAACCAUCAGAUCUUUUAAUUUUAUCAAAAGCACACACUUUCCUACAACUUUCAUCUCCAACUAAAAGCGAUAGUCACAUGUUGCGUCCAAAAAAUGAUUUAAAUGUGAUUGUCGAGUCAGCGAGUUAUGGAAAAUGUUUUGAAAACCCUGAGAAUGAUAUCAAUGAAUCUUUUGAAAUCAAUUCUGCGACAUCGAGUUUAAUUCAAAUGUAUGUUAGCGAUGAAGAGGAUAAACAUGAAAUUAGUUCAGUGUCUACUCUGUAAACCUCACCAAUUCCUUAGCAAAGUAUUCAGGGAAUAAUCCCUAAAAUCAUUCAGUGCCACCUGCCACUUAAAUGUUUAAAAUUUCUUUACAUUAAUCAAGAAAUUAAUUAAUAAACAAUUAAAAAAAUCAUUUAUGUUAAGAAAUAACAUUAGAAUCAAUGUUGUACAAUCAAAUGAAAGGAGAAAUGUGCAAGUAAGCAGGGUUUUGGAGUGACAACUACUCCGGGCUGUGUUUCCAGUAUUGUUAGAUUAUGUUAGCCUUCUUCGAGAUAAUGAAAGUUAUUUCUCUCUAAUAAAUGAUUUCCGAUUGAAAUUUCUUCAACAUUAAGGAAUAAAUCGUCAUUAAAUUAAGGGUUGCAGUUGAAAGUUUUCAUUGAAUUUUGAGAUAUUUUAACACCAGUUCAGAUUUUUGAGUAGGUAAUCAAUUGAAAUGUAUUUUUUUAAAAAUGUUUAAAAGUUUUGAAUAAAAUUGUAAUGGUAAUUG